GUCUGUUGUUAACAGUGAGUGUUUACAUCAUAAUGUUUUCAGAUCAAACUGUCUUGUUAGAAUAACAUACUAAGAUAUUAUAUUAAUCAUGAUUACAGUGAUGAAGUUAAUUUCACUCUUCUCUCUCUUUUCUCUCAUAAUAUCUCCAUCUUCAUCAGUCAAUGAAAAACAGAAUGGUAAUCAAACUACCUUGAGCUGCUUUGUGUUUAGAUAUGGUGGAUGUAAACACACAGUUCAGUGGUUGUUUGAUGGUAAUUUUAAUGACGUGGAGACAACAGCAGGUCACUGUUCAGCCAGCGUGACAUUUCCAACUCGUUAUCUGAGUCAGAAGUUAAAGUUCUACGAGUCUCUGAAGUGCAACGUGACAGAUCACAGGAGUGGAGAAACGCUGCUGUUUUCAACAGUAACUGGACUAAAUGUAUCCUACAUCAUGGCCAGAGAUAGAGACGAGGUCACUUUGCCUUGUGACAAUGUGAUAGAAAAUCAGAACCAAUGUGACCAAACUUCAUGGCUUUACAGUCCUAAAAGAGGACGAUCAGCAGUAGAGCUGAUUAGUUUCGGUCAGAUUGGUAAAAGUGAGAUAGCUGAAGAUAAAUCCAACAGACUGAGUGUGACAGCAGACUGUUCUCUGGUUAUAAAGGACGUCACAUCUGAGGAUGUUGGUGGUUACAGCUGCAGACAGUUCAACAGAGCAGGACAACAACAAGGUGGAGAUGCUCUGGUUGUUCUGUCUGAUAUUUGGAGUGAGUAUUUACAUGAUGUUUUCAGCUCAAACUGUCUUGUUAGAAUAACAUACCGAGAUAUUAUAUUAAUCAUGAUUACAGUGAUGAAGUUAAUUUCACUCUUCUCACUCUUUUCUCUCAUAAUAUCUCAAUCUUCACCAGUCAAUGAAAAACAGAACGGUGAUCAAACUACCUUGGACUGCUAUGUGUUUAGAUAUGAUAUAUAUAUAUGUGAACACACAGUUCAGUGGUUGUUUGAUGGUAACUUUAAUGACACGGAGACAAAAGGAGGUUCCUGUUCAGCCAGCGUGACAUUUCCAACUCGUUAUCUGAGUCAGAAGUCAAAGUUCUACGAGUCUCUGAAGUGCAACGUGACAGAUAACAGGAGUGAGAAAACGCUGCUCUUCCUGCCUUCACUUGAGAAAACAGUAACUGGACUAAAUGUAUCCUACAUCAUGGCCAGACGUGGAGACGAGGUCACUUUGCCUUGUGACAAUGUGAUAAAACAUCAACACAAAUGUGACGAAACGUCUUGGCUUCACAGGCCUGAAAGAGGAAGAUCAGCAGAAGAGCUGAUUAGUCUCGGUCAGAUUGGUAAAAGUGAGAUAGCUGAAGAUAAAUCCAACAGACUGAGUGUGACAGCAGACUGUUCUCUGGUUAUAAAGGACGUUGAACAUCAGGAUAUUGGUCGUUACAGCUGCAGACAGUUCAACAGAGCAGGACAACAACAAGGUGGAGAUGCUCUGGUUGUUCUGUCUGUUAUUUACAUCGAUGAAGAACAGAACGGUGAUCAAACUCUGUUGAAGUGCUUUGUGUUUAGAUAUGGUGGAUGUAAACACACAGUUCAGUGGUUGUUUGAUGGUAACAAUAAUGACGUGGAGACAACAACGUUCACCUGUUCAGCCAGGGUGACAUUUCCAACUCCUCAUCCUAGUCAGAAGUCAAAGUUCUACGAGUCUCUGAAGUGCAAUGUGACAGAUAACAGGAGUGGAGAAACGCUGCUCUUCCAGUCUUCACUUGAGAAAACAGUAACUGGACUAAAUGUAUCCUACAUCAUGGCCAGAGAUGGAGACGAGGUCACUUUGCCUUGUGACAAUGUGAUAGAAAAUCAACACAAAUGUGACCAAACUACUUGGCUUCACAGUCCUAAAAGAGGAAGAUCAGCAGUAGAGCUGAUUAGUCUCGGUCAGAUUGGUAAAAGUGAGAUAGCUGAAGCUAAAUCCAACAGACUGAGUGUGACAGCAGACUGUUCUCUGGUUAUAAAGGACGUUGAACAUCAGGAUAUUGGUCGGUACAGCUGCAGACAGUUCAACAGAGCAGGACAACAACAAGGUGGAGAUGCUCUGGUUGUUCUGUCUGUUAUUUACAGUGAGUAUUUACAUGAUGUUUUCAGCUCAAACUGUCCUGUUAGAAUAGCAUAAAAUAUUAUAUUAAUCAUGAUUACAAUGGGCUACAUGGUGGUGUAAUGGUUAGCGCUCUCGUCUCACAGCUUCGCCUCCCACCUGCGGCUCUUCUGUGUGGAGUUUGCAUGUUCUCCCUGUGUCAGCGUGGGUUCUCUCGGGUACUCCGGCUUCCUCACACAGUCCAAAAACAUCCACUUAGGUUUAAUUGGUGACUCUAAUUUGCCCGUAGGUGCGAAUGAGAGUGUGAUUGUCUGUCUCUAUGUAUCAGCCCUGUGAUAGAUUUGCGACCUGUCCAAGGUGUACCCGCCUCUCGCCCUAUGUCAGCUGGGAUCGGCUCCAGCCCCCCGCGACCUGAGUGUAGAUAAGCAGUUAAGGAUAAUGAAUGAAUGAUUACAGUGAUGAAGUUAAUUUCACUCUUCUCUCUCUUUUCUCUCAUCAUAUCUCCAUCUUCACCAGUCGAUGAAGAACAGAACGGUAAUCUAACUCUGUUGAAGUGCUAUGUGUUUAGAUAUGGUGGAUGUGAACACACAGUUCAGUGGUUGUUUGAUGGUAACAACAAUGACGUGGAGACAACACAGUUCACCUGUUCAGCCAGGGUGACAUUUCCAACUCCUCAUCCUAGUCAGAAGUCAAAGUUCUACGAGUUUCUGAAGUGUAACGUGACAGAUCACAGGAGUGGAGAAAUGCUGCUCCUCCUGCCUUCA